AAAAAGUUUGGGUCGUCGUCCUCCUGGUCCACGGCCUGGCUGUAGCCGCGGUAGCGCAGCAGGGAGGCGGACGCUGGCAGAGCCGAGUCAGCGGCAGUGGCAGGGGCUCCCGAGGCCAGGACGCUGCCCGCUCCUCGGAACAUGUCUGACCGGCCUAGGAUCCACGUCUUCCUGGGGGCCCCUCCUUCCUCAUCAGGCCCUGGGAUGGGGGAUGGGGAUUGUCCCUCUGCUGACUGGAGACACCUGGAGCUCACCUGGCAGGAUGGACAUUUGAAGCUUUCACCAGACAGGGUUGGGAACCAAACAGAUUUAUCAUUGGAGGAGGACAGAGUGAGCAGAGAGAGCUCAGACAGACCAGAAGAACCGGACUCUGAUGGGUCUGAGUCCUACCAUAAAGGGGACUGUACUGCUGAACCACAGGGACAGGAGGAGAGAGAGCGAUGUGGCAUCCUGUCAGAAUCAGACCGUAGACAUGACAGUGAAAGUUCAGAGUCCGUUCAUGAGUAUCUGGCGAACUGUUUCCCUGCAGCAGAGUCAGACUCAGAGGGUCCGCAGAGCUCCAGACGGUCAUCAGCCAACCCCCCACUGUCCAGCCACUCUCACUUCCUGUCCACCUGGACUCUGAGUCAGGCCCUGGUCCUGAGAGGCAGACACAACAUCCAAGCAGCUAGCCCCCUGAAAGCCCAGCCUCCUCAGACCCCAUCCUCCUCAAGCACCCCUGAGCUCUUCAGCCCGCAAUCCUCGACCCCCGGAGGCUCCCUGGACCUCUUCAGCCAACUGAGCUGGUCCCUGAAGGCCCAAGAAGGGGGCGUGGUUAUCGAGGUUACCACAGAAGGCAUUCUCUGUUCCCAGGAGUUGGCGCAACAUGAGUCCAGCUCUCCUCCUAAAGCCAAGAAAGCUCGAGUCUCAGGGGAGGUAAGGGUGGGACCAUCAGACACCAAGACCAAAGCUGAGCCCACAACCAGCACUGAGUCUGCAACCACAGCCAGGUCCACAACCACUGCUGAAAGAACGACCAUGGCUGAGACCAUGACCAGCACUGAGCCCAAAGGCCACCACACGCUCCUGAGCUGCUGUGAAAGAGGGGUGGGGCCAUACUCGGUGCUGGUGGCGGUGGUUCAUCCAUGUCAUAUCAAGGAGGUCAAGGUGAAGGCGGGGCCCUCAGCUGGGUCCCUGAUUCCCCUGGCAUCCAUCUUGGUGACCGACCAAUCAGGAGCUGAGAUGAAGGUGGUGCUGUGGCGGCGGGCAGCAUUCUGGGUGCUGACAGUUUCUCCUGGUGACAUCCUUCUCAUCACAGGGCUGCAGGUGAACGAGGACAGGUGGAGAGGAGAGACGGUGCUACAGUCCACCUUCAGCAGCAUACUCCUUAACCUGGGGCCAAUCAGCUCCACCACCUCGCCAUCAGCUCCUCAGCAGGUCGACCCUCACUCUCUCAGCUCUCUAUGCCGGUAUCUGCGUCAGCGGCGCCCCUUGCUGGUGUCUUCACACGUGUCCCCACCUCAGGACCUCAACCGUCUCCCCUACGCAACCCUGAGGUCACUGAAGGUAAACAUGCUGGUCCACGCUCUGCUGAGAGUCACUGACGCCCACGUCAGCACAGACUGGAGAAGUGAGGCAGAGUCUCGCUGCAGGUCGGCUCUUCAGUCGAAGGCCAUUCUGACUGUGGAGCAGCCGGAUGGCCAGCAGGGGGCACUGUUACUGUGGGGAGCAGCUGUGGACUGGCUGACUCGGAUCAACAGGGACAGAGCCUCUAUCUGGGACUUCCGUGUCCUCCUGGUAAGGGAAGGUUUGACCUCUGACCUCCCAGAGUUGCACUCGACCCCAUGGAGCUCUCUGCAGCUUCUGGACCCCGCUGACCACCGUGCUGAGGCCUUCAUCAGACCACACCCCCCUCGAACAGGACCAGGUAUUGUGGAGUUGGACGUGGACACUCUGCUGUCCCAGAAAUACAGUGGUGAGGUCGAGCUCAGAAUCCAGGUCAUUAACUUCCAGUUUCAGGACUGUCCACCUUCCCAGAAUGCCCCUCAGCCAGUACUUGAUGGCACCUCAUCAAUGGACGACAUCCUGGAGGCGUUAGGCGGUGACAUCACCUACACUGGGUGUGGACGCUGCUCCACUGAGCUCGAUACAGACGCCAACGGCAUCUACCUCCCAUGUUAUGCCUGCCUGCCACAUACUGCUGUAAGACGUUACUACAGGCCCGGUGUGCUGACAGUUAGUGGGCGAGGCAGCAGCAGCCACCUGUGUGUUAAAGCUCCUCCUCUCCGUCUGCAGGCGCUCCUCGAAGCUCCGCCCGAUAAACUUCACAAGAGCUCAGCUUCAGGCUCUGAGCUCAGACACAUCCAGGUGGCAGCAGAGAUCAUCCUCUCCCUCCUCACCCUUCCCAAGAAAACCGUCAUCAUCACCGUUCAGAGCCACUUCUUGUGUGACGAAAACAGCUUCCCCAUCAGUCAGGACUUCACUCUGCUGGAUCUCCAGGAUCCCAGCUGACAGAGGGGGGGUAGGUAAAGAGGGGCCCCGCCAAGUUAGAGUGUUAAAAGAUUCAUCCAGGGUUUUUAUAAAAUCUGUUAACUCUGACUUAAUUUGAGUUAUAUGUAAAUGUUGAGAUGUUUGUUGUGUUCUGUUUGAACAUUGUGUUGUGUCUAAUACAGGGGCGUUUAACUCAUUUUGAAUCUGGACUACAUCAGAAUGAAAAGUGUCCUUAAAGGGCCAGUUUUUACUGUAAGACUUUAAAAAUCAACCACCUAUUUGACUGUUUGUUUAUCAUCUGUUUUUGUAAAAUGUGAAUUCUUGAUAAGAAAUAAAAGCAGAAGUCAUACAAACAAAAUGGAGAAAGAGACAUGAAAAUGUGAAACUACAGUAGUUUUUUUUUUUUUAAAUAAAGUUUGGUAAUGAAAACAAAUGAUUUUGUUGAUAUAUGGAAAUGCAAAAACUAGUAAUGCACAAUAUUAUAGGCAUGAUAUCAGCAGAUAUGAGAAUUUCUGCCGAUAUUUACAGUUGAUAUUUUGUCAAGAAGAGUCAAUGAAUGAGUUAUGGUAGUUUUAGUCUGAGCCAACAGACCUACACCAGCUAAAAUCUUUGUCUUCAUUCACCAUCAUUACUCUUUAAAGUCUGAAGGACUGAAGUGUGACGUCUAAACUACAUUUAAAUAUCUUUAUCGAGAUUUGCUGGAAUUAUUUUGUAAAUAUUGGCUCAUCAGAAAGCAGCAAUAAUCCACUAUUGUGCAUCCCUAACAAUAAACCCUGUACG